AUGGGAGCUGACAGGCCCACCGAUGGGGAGGCAUGGGAUCUCGUGGAAGAGAUCAAUGAGCUCUCGAGAGGAGAGUUAGAGGUCAUCGAAGAGCACGAGAAGGAGUUCGACCGUCUGGUAUUUUCUGCUACCCCGCCUGACUUGCAGACUCUUGAGGAGGACAAUUCCUCGAGCGUAGUGCUCCCAGCAAUCACUGUAUCUGUUGAAUACGAGCCACCCGUAGAUGAACUUGACGAAGUUAUCGCUGCCCAGACAGACGGAGUAUCUUCGAUAGACAUUCCACUUGACUUUGAUGAGGAGCCUCUUCUCGGUUAUACAAUCCACCCCGACCCGCCUCCCCCACUAAACGCUGCUGAAGAUCUCCCCGCUAUGCCCCCCCAAAAGAUGGUCACUAAAUUACCAUCCCAUUUCACUUCCUCCCUCCCCCUCCAGGUUGACAUUCAGCCCAUCACAGUACCUCCCCUGGAGUAUUUCCCGGACACCAUCGGUCCUGCCGUCCUUUACAACGUUGAGAACAUUCCCGAGAGGCAACUCCCUGAUUUCGAUGUGCCUUUACAACCAACAGCGCCUAUCAGUGCGCCCAGUCCUCUACCACAACAAUUCGAACAGGAUCCAGACGGCUACGUUCCUCCCAACAAACUGGAGGUAACGCUAGCUCCUGAGAGGGACGAUAUAUGGGAGAAAGAUAGAGGCAUGGACAUCGACAAGUUGGUGCAUGAGGAGCUCUUGCAGAGCAUCGACGCUAACGUGUUGUAUGGCCAGCCGAAGACUAUUGAGAUGAAUGAUGACGGUGCUGCAACGAGGUUGAUGGAACAGAUCGAGGACAGAUUGACACCAAAAACGAUAACCGAAAAGUAUAGGAAGACUUCAACGCUACAGAAAGAUGGGGACGAUGUGGAACUACAAGCAAAUGGGGGUCCUUAUAACUCUUCACAGAAAGAAAUAUUCCUUUCCCCGACAGAUGAGAUUUCCACACCGCGUGGUGGCGAUGAUGAACUUCAACCGGGAACGGUACUGGAGGAUUCCUCAGGCAACAUCAAAGGUCGCAAGACUGUGAAACCGGACGCUCCUAUGAUCGAUCUUUUGCCGAGAGGAAAGAGUCCUGCUGAGAUCGGCGAUGCUUAUAUAAGAUUGCCAACGAGAGCAUAUUCUUGCUUGGACUCGGAUCGCCACCUCCGGCCCAACAGAGGGCGCCUUGUCCAGCCCGAUCCAUCCCUUAUAAUGGAUACACGCCUGCGCACUCAGACGAUAACGGAAAGAGAUCAUAACGAUACGACCUCGAGAGCGUUGGAAGACGUAGAGGACGCGUUGGAGAACAGAGGAGUAGAAGUCCUCAUGUCCUGUGUACGUCAUAAUCGUUACGAAGCUAUGGAGUCGCUGCUGGAAGAGGACCGAAGCCUCAUUGAAACUUGUCAAAACAACAACAGGAGGAUCGCCAAAUAUCUUCUAGGCUGUGAUGUCAACAUAAAUGCCAAGAAUGAGAAGGGCAAUACUGCUCUACACAUCUGCUAUCAAUUCAAUUACACCACUUUGGCGGAGUUCCUUAUCGCUAAUGGUGCAGAUGAAACUAUUAAGAAUAAUGAUGGUGUGUUGCCACACAUGAUGCAGAAGUCUCCAUGA